AUGAACACGGACAAUGUACGACAGACAAACAAUGCUACAAACACAGACAAUGAACGAGAGACAUACAAGACUAUGAACACGGACAAUGUUCGACAGAAAAACAAUGCUACAAACACAGACAAUGAACGAGAGACAAGCAAGACUACAAACACAGCCAAUGAACGAGAGACAAGCACGGCUACAAACACAGACAAUGAACGAGAGACAUGCAAGACUAUGAACACGGACAUUGUUCGACAGAAAAACAAUGCUACAAACACAGACAAUGAACGAGAGACAUGCACGACUAUGAACACGGACAAUGUUCGACAGAAAAACAAUGCUACAAACACAGACAAUGAACGAGAGACAUGCAAGACUAUGGACACGGACAAUGUACGACAGACAAACAAUGCUACAAACCCAGACAAUGAACGAGAGACAUGCAUGACUAUGAACACGGACAAUGUUCGACAGAAAAACAAUGCUACAAACACAGACAAUGAACGAGAGACAUGCAAGACUAUGAACACGGACAAUGUUCGACAGAAAAACAAUGCUACAAACACAGACAAUGAACGAGAGACAUGCAAGACUAUGAACACGGACAAUGUUCGACAGACAAACAAUGCUACAAACACAGACAAUGAACGAGAGACAUGCACGACUAUGAACACGGACAAUGUACGACAGACAAACAAUGCUACAAACACAGACAAUGUACGACAGACAAACAAUGCUUCAAACACAGACAAUGAACGAGAACCAUGCAAGACUAUUGACACGGACAAUGUACGACAGAAAAACAAUGCUACAAACACAGACAGUGAACGAGAACCAUGCAAGACUGUGAACACGGACAAUGUACGACAUACAACCAAUGCUACAAACACAGACAAUAAACGAGAGACAUGCACGACUAUGAACAAGGACAAUGUAAGACAGACAAACAAUGCUUCAAACACAGACAAUGAACGAGAAACAUACAAUUGUACAAACACGGGCAAUGAAUGA